GUGUGUUCCAGGAGAUGACUAAGUUCGAGUGUCACUUCCUGAACGGCACCGAGCAGGUGAGGUUUGUGCACAGGUUCUUCUACAACCGGCAGGAAUAUGCCCACUUCGACAGCGAUUUGGGGCACUUUGUGGGCGACACCACCCCUUUUGGGGAGCUCCAGGCCAGGCACUGGAACAGCCAGCAGGACCUGAUGGAGCGGAAACGGGCUGAGGUGCACACAUACUGCCGGCACAACUACCAGAGGGCAACCCUGUUCCUCAUACACAGGAGAGUGCCUCCCCGUGUGUCCAUCUCGCUGGUGCCGCCAAGUUCCCCACUGAGCCCUGGCCGCCUGAUCUGCUCCGUGAUGGAUUUCUUCCCUGCGCAGGUGCAGGUGAGGUGGUUCCAGGCUGGGCGGGAGCUGACGGGGCACGUGGUGGCCACCGACGUGGUCCCCAACGGGGACUGGACCUACCAGCUGCUGGGGCUGCUGGAAACCACCCCCCAGCACGGGGACACCUCCACC